AUGGCGGGGGCGGGGGGCCCCGGGUGGGCGUGGCGGCCGGUGGCGCGCGACCCGCUGCUGGCGCGCGCCUUCCACUCGUGCACGGCGCUGCGGGGGCGGCUCUACCUGGUGGGGGGGCUGCUGGAGGGGGGGGCGCGGGCGCCCAGCGGGGACACGGUCACCUUUGACCCGAAGGCAAGGCGCGCGGAGGCCUCUGGGAAGGAGGAGGCCGAAGCCCGUCUGGGAGUAGAGCAUGAGGAGGCCGAAGCCCGGGUGGGAGUAGAGCAUGAGGAGGCCGAAGCCCUUGUGGGAGUAGAGCGGGAGGAUGAGGACGAAGCCCGUGUGGGAACAGAGCAUGAGGAGGACGAAGCCCGUGUGGGAGUAGAGCGGGAGGACGAGGACGAAGCCCGUGUGGGAAUAGAGCAUGAGGAGGACGAAGCCCGUGUGGGAAUAGAGCAUGAGGAGGACGAAGCCCGUGUGGGAGUAGAGCGGGAGGAUGAGGACGAAGCCCGUGUGGGAAUAGAGCAUGAGGAGGACGAGGACGAAGCCCGUGUGGGAGUAGAGCAUGAGGAGGCCGCAGCCCAUGCGGCGGUGGGGAGGUUGCGGGGCGGGCCUCGGCGGAGCCACCACGACGCGGCGGCGGUGGGGGGCCGCUGGCUGUGCGUGGUGGGCGGGUGGGACGGGUCCCGGCGCGUGUCGGGCGUGUGGGUGCUGGACGCGGCGCUCGGGGCCUGGGAGGCCUGGGCCGCGGGACCCCGCAGCCGCCCGCCCGCGGGGCUCAGCGGCCACACGUGCACGCGCCUGGACGACCGCCAGCUGCGCGUGGCCGGCCGCGAGGGCGGGACCCGCACCCAGCGCCGCUACGGCAGCGUCUACACCCUCCGCCUCGACCCGCGCGCCCGCACCUAUAGCUACCGGGAGGAGGACUGUCACACGGCCUCCCGCUCCGGUCACUGCGCCGCGCUGCUACGGACUCCUGGAUCCCGCCCCGGCCACCAGCUUCUGCUCUUCGGAGGCUGCAGUUCGGCCGAGCCCGACCUGGCGGGGCAGUGGGGCCCCGGCGAGAUCCAGGAGGAGCGGACCCGCGCCCCGCGCCUGACGGAGGGGCUGUCCCGGCUGGUGUCCGGGGCGCGGGCGUCUCGGCGGGGCCCCGGGGGGCUGCGCUACCAUUCCUGCUCCGUGGUCGGCCCCUUCGCCGUGCUGUUCGGCGGCGAGAGCCUGACGCGGGCCCGGGACACCGUCUGCAAUGACCUGUACAUCUACGACACCCGACCGUCCCCCCCGAGCUGGUUCCACUUCCCGAGCACGGACAGGGGGCUGAAGCGAGUCGGCCACCGCACCUGCCUCUGGGAUGACCAGCUCUACUUGGUGGGGGGCUUCGGCGAGGAUGGCCGCACCCCCAGCCCCGAGGUCUGUACCUUGGAGCUCUCGGCGUGACGGGGGAGGGGGGAGAGAAAGACACCCCCCUCCCCAUCCCGAGCUCAUCGGGCCCUUCCUCUCCUUCCUCUCUCCCACCGCCUCAUUAAACGUCCCCUGGUCGCCGA